AUGAAACCAUCACGCUGCCAGACGCGAAGUAGUCCUGUCCAGACGGCUAGACAUACCAAUUCGCUGUCGUGGCCUUCUUUCUUUCUUUCUUUUUUUCUUUUCUUUACUCUUUUUUCUUUCUUUCGUUCUUUUUUCUUUCCUUUUAUUUCUUUCUUUUUUCUUUUCUUUCUUUCUUUUUUUCUUUCUUUCUUUCCCCCUUUCUUUUCUUUCCUUUCUUUCUUUCUUUUUCUUUUUCCCUUUUUUAAUUUCGUUUCUUUCCUUUUUUUUCUUUUCUUUCUUUCCCAAAGUUCGUUGUUCUUUCCUUUGUUUCUUUUUCUUUCAUUUCUUUUCCUUUUCUUUUCUUUUCUUUCUUUCUUUUUUCUUUCUUUCUUUCUUUUUCCCCUCUUUCCCUUUUCCCUCCAGUUCUUUCUUUCUUUCUUUUCUUUUCUUUUCUUUUUUUUUCUUUUCUUUCUUUCUUUUUUUCUUUUCCCCUUUUCUCCUUUUAAUUCCAGUUCUUUCUUUCUUUCUUUUUUCUUUCUUUCUUUCUUUCUUUCUUUUCUUUCUUUCUUUUUUUCCUUUCUUUCUUUCUUUUCCCAGUUCUCUCCUUUUUUUUCCAGUUCUUUUUUCUUUUCUUUCUUUUUUCAUCUUUUUUUUCUUUUUUCUUUCUUUUUUCCCUACUCCUUUCUAUUUCCAGUUCUUUCUUUCUUUUCUUUCUUUCUUUCUUUCUUUCUUUCUUUCUUUCUUUUUUCUUUUCCCCUACUCCCUUUUAAUUUCUUUCAGUUCUUUCUUUCUUUCUUUCUUUUCUUUUUCUUUCUUUCUUUCUUUCUUUCUUUCUUUCAAAGUUCCUCUUCUCUUUUCAUUUCAUUUCUUUCUUUCUUUUUUUCUUUUUUUUCUUUUUCUUUCUUUUUCUUUUUUAACUUUUCUUUCUUUUUUUCUUUCUUUUCUUUCUUUUCUUUUUUACCUUUCUUUUCUUUCUUUCUUUCCCUUCUUCCAGUUCUUUUUUCUUUCUUUCUUUCUUUCUUUCUUUUCUUUUCUUUCUUUUCUUUAUUUCUUUCUUUCUUUCUUUCUUUCCUUUCUUUCUUUUCUUUUUUUUUCCCCCUACUCCCUUUUACUUCCAGUUCUUUCUUUCUUUUCUUUCUUUUUCUUUCUUUUUUCCCUUUCUCCUUUUUUUUUCCAGUUCUUUCUUUCUUUCUUUCUUUCUUUCUUUCUUUCUUUUCCUUACUUUUUUACUUUCUUUCUUUCUUUCUUUCUUUUCUUUCUUUUCUUUCUUUCCUUUCUUUUCCCCUACUCCCUUUUAUUCCAGUUCUUUCUUUCUUUCUUUCUUUCUUUCUUUCUUUCUUUCUUUCUUUCUUUCUUUUUUCUUUUCCCUCCCUUUUACUGCCAGUUCUUUCUUUCUUUCUUUCUUUCUUUCUUUCUUUCUUUCUUUCUUACUUUCUUUCUUUUCUUUCUUUUUCUUUCUUUCUUUUCCCUUUCUUUUCUCCUUUUAAUUCCAGUUCUUUCUUUCUUUCUUUCUUUCUUUCUUUCUUUCUUUCUUUCUUUCUUUCCUUUCUUUCUUUCUUUUCUUUUUCCCCUACUCCUUUUUUACUGCCAGUUCUUUCUUUCUUUCUUUCUUUCUUUCUUUCUUUUUACUUUCUUUCUUUUCUUUUUCUUUCUCUUUCUUUCUUUCUUUCCCUUUUACUUCCAGUUCAUGAUUCAUUUUUACAUUUUUCUUUCUUUCUUUCUUUCUUUCUUUCUUUUUUCUUUCUUUCUUUCUUUCUUUCUUUUCCCUACUCCUUUUACUUCCAUUCUUUAUCUCUUUCGUUUUUCAUUUUUCUCUCUUUCUUUCUCUUUCUUUUUUUUUUAUCUUUAAAUCGUGUUUUUUUCUUUUUUCUUUUUUCUCUUUCGUCUAUUCCAUUCUUAUUUUUAAAUCGUGCUUUUUCUUUCUUUCACUAUUAUUUUAUUCUUUAUCAUUCUUUCAAUAAUUUCUUUUCUCUCUUUCUCUUCUUUUAUUUUUUCCUUUCCUUCGUCAAUCCGGUCUUUCUUUCUUUCUUUCUUUCUUUCUUUCUUUCUUUCUUUCUUUCUUUCUUUUUACUUGACGUUUCUCAUCUUUUAUGCAUGCUUUUUCCUUUAUCUCUAUCAUUUAUUCAAUUCCAUUCUUUCUUUCUUUUUUUCUUUCUUUCUUUCUUUCUUUCUUUCUUUGUGUCUUCUUACUUUUCCCUACUCCCUUUUACUUCCAGUUCUUUCUUUCUUUUUUCCUUUCUUUCUUUCUUUCUUUCGUUCUUUCUUUCUUUCUUUCUUUGCGUCUUCUUACUUUUCCCUACUCCCUUUUACUUCCAGUUCUUUCUUUCUUUCUUUUUUCUUUUCUUUCUUUCUUUCUUUCUUUCUUUCUUUCUUUCUUUCUUUCUUUCUUUCUUUGCGUUUUCUUACUUUUUCCCUACUCCCUUUUACUUCCAGUUCUUUCUUUCUUUUCUUCCUUUCUUUCUUUCUUUCUUUCUUUCUUUCUUUCUUUUCUUUCUUUUCCGUUUUUUUACUUUUCCCUACUUCUUUUACUUUCUUUUCUUUCUUUCUUUCUUUCUUUCUUUCUUUCUUUCUUUCUUUUAA